AUGGAAAAAUAUUUUAAGAGAAAAACUAUGUCUGAAUCGCUGCCAUCUGUUAAAAAUCAAGAAAGUUGUAAUGAAGAACAUCAAAUUUUGCAAGGUAAUAUGGAUAGAGUUGAUCUAGAUAAUCUCCCAUCGGAUCCUGCAUUGCGAAAACCGAUUGCAGAUUACAAUCCUAACAUACAAGAGGAAGUGCGGAGGAGGUAUUUACAAAAAGGACCUUGUCAACCUCGAGAACAUAAUUACAAGCACACCUUACAAGGCACCGUGUUUCGAAGAUUUUGUCAUACUUGGUUUGAUGAACAUAGUUCAUGGUUAGAAUAUAACAAGGUAAAAGAAGCAGCAUAUUGCUUUUGUUGCUACCUUUUUAAACCAGAAAGUAAAGGUCAUACAGGUAGUAGUGAUGCAUUUGUUGUGGAAGGUUUUACUAAUUGGAAGAAGAAAGAAAAACUACAGAUACAUAUUGGAGGUCCUAAUAGUGCGCACAAUCAAGCUGUCAACAAGUGUCAAAAUUUGAUGAAUCAACGACAACAUCUUCAGACAAUUGUCAAUAAGCAAUCAAGUCAAUCACGGAGCGACUAUCGAAAUUGUUUAAAUACUUCAAUUGAAUGUGUUCGAUAUCUUUUAAGACAAGGUUUCGCUUUUCGUGGUCAUGAUGAAUCAAAUAAACCGGGAAAUUUGAAGGCAACUUUGCAACUUCUUUGUGAUCAUAAUGAGGAUAUUAAACGGGUUGCAAUAGAUCAAUGUCCAAGAAAUCUCAAAUUGACAUCUCCAGAUAUUCAGAAGGAUAUUGUACAUGCUUGUGCAAUUGAAACUACCAACUCUAUCAUUCAUGAUUUAGGAAAUAAUUUGUUCUCUAUUCUUGUAGAUGAAUCUCGUGAUGUAGCAUGUAAAGAACAAAUGGCGAUGGUCAUACGCUAUGUGAACAAGGAAGGAAAAGUGGUUGAACGUCUUUUAGAUAUAGUUCAUGUGCAAGACAUUUGUGCUUUAUCAUUGAAGGCAUCAAUUGAAGCAAUAUUUUCCAAGUACAGUUUGAGCAUAUCUAGAUUACAAGGUCAAGGCUAUGAUGGUGCAAGCAAUAUGCAAGGUGCGUUUAAUGGUCUUAAAACUUUAAUUCUAAAAGAGAAUGAGAGUGCUUUUUAUGUACAUUGUUUUGCACAUCAACUUCAACUAGCACUUGUAGGUGUUGCAAAAAAUCAUAUUUCCAUAGCCUUACUCUUUACUAUAGCUUCAAGUGUUGUAAAUGUUGUUGGAGGCUCUAGUAAGCGCCAUGAUUUGCUUUUGGAGAUCCAAGCCAUUAAUGUUUUAAAAGCAAUUGAAAGUGGUGAGCUUGAAAGCGGACAGGGAAAAAAUCAAGAGUCUACUCUUAAACGAGCGGGAGAAACACGAUGGGGUUCACAUUAUAGUACUUUAUUGAGCUUGAUUAAGCUGUUUUCUUCCAUAGUUGAUGUUCUUGAAUUUGUGAGGGACAAUGGAAAGUCAUAUCAAAAAGUUGAGGCUUGCUUUGUAUUGGAUUCUUUGCAAUCUUUUGAAACUAUAUUUUGUCUUCAUUUGAUGAAACAUGUGUUAGGAAUUACAAAUGAAUUAUCACAGACAUUGCAAAGAAAGGAUCAAGAUAUUGUAAAUGCUAUGACUUUGGUCAAGAUAGCUAAGCAACGCCUGCAACUAAUGCGAGAUAGUGGAUGGAACUCUUUGAUGGAUGAGGUUACUCUGUUUUGUAAUAGCCACGAUAUCCAAGUUCCUAAUAUGGAAGAUGUGUAUAUUCCUCCAGGACGGUCUCGGCGCAACUUUGAGAAAGUGAAGAACAUGCAUCAUUACAAGGUUGAGGUAUUUUCUACUGUUAUAGAUUUGCAAUUGCAAGAGCUCAAUAAUCGUUUCAAUGAGGUGAACACAGAAUUGCUUUUAUGUUUUGCCUGUUUGAAUCCUUCUCAUUUAUUCUCUGCUUAUGAUAAAGCCAAGUUGCUUCGUGUUGCUCAGUUUUAUCCGAUGGACUUCUCUGACAUUCAAUGCAUUGUUCCUGAAAAUCAAUUGGAGACAUUUAUUUUGGAUAUGAAGUCAAGUUGUGAAUUUUCUAACAUAUCAGAAAUUGGCAACCUUGUGGAAAUAAUGGUGCAAACAAAGGAUAUUUUAUAUCCUUUGGUUUAUAAACUUCUCACUUUAGCUCUUAUUCUACCUGUUGCAACGGCCACAGUUGAAAGAUCAUUUUCUGCUAUGAAGUAUGUGAAGAAUCGGUUAAGGAAUAAGAUGGGAGAUCAAUGGAUGUCUAAUUGUUUAAUUACCUAUGUUGAAAUUGAUGUAUUUAACUCCAUUGAUAAUGAAGUUAUUAUGCAUCGUUAUCAGGGCAUAAAAAAUCGUAGAGAACAAUUGUAA